UGAGUGAGUGAGGAUCAUGCGGCGGACAAACUCUCUUCCCCAUCAACUCCACUUCUAUCAUCAUCAUCUUCAUCGUUAUAAUUAUCCAAUAAAUCCAACCUAACCGAAGCCGAGGAAUAAUGUCAGCAAACAACAGCACGGGGUCAACAACACAGAUGAGGGACUACACCUGCGUGCGUUUUUACGUGUCCACCGUGUCCUUCUCGGUGCUGCUCUUCUUCAACCUCAUCAUCAACUGGACCAUAGUUCGCGUGAAGCAGCUCCGGAAUCAGGCCCGCUUUGUGCUGAUUUUCCACCUGCUGGUAUCCGCCCUGGUUUACCUGGGGAUGAGCAGUGUAUUCUACUACCAGAUCCACCUGGACGCACGGCCGGUCCGCUCCGCCUGCCUGGCCAUGAUCACCGUUUUGAUCAGCAGCGCCUCCAACAUCCUCCUGACGCUCACGGUGAUGGCUUUGGACCGCUACUGCGCAGUGUGCCACCCGAUGCGCUACACCUCCACCUGCACCGUGGGGCGUUGGCCCUGGCUACUGGGUGCGUUCACAUGGCUCGUGGCUUUGAUUAUUCCCAUCAGUCUGCUCCCCCUUAACCCGGACUCUCAGGACACAGGGGCCGGCUAUAAGUGUGGCCCGGAGCAGCUGAGAAAAGGUCAGCUGCAGAAGGUGCUGUUCAUAGCUUUGUGCGCGCUGCUCAUACUGUACAGCUACGCGAGGAUACUGAUGGAGGGGCGGCGGUUAGGGGUGCUGAAUCGGCGCAACAGGGCCUGGUGCCGGACAAUCGCCUUGCACGGCAGCCAGCUGGCGGUUUACAUCCUUCCUAACUUUGUAAACUUCUUUCUUACGGUUUUGUUCAACCGGGAGCUCAUUCAGCCAGAGACUAAGGAGCUGGCGGCCGUGGUCAUCUUUGCUUUCUUCAGUUUAGCGCAAUGUGUUGCGCCUGUUGUUUACGGUUUGCGUAAAGAGGAACUUAUGGAGCAGUUGAGUCACAGGUUCCCCUGCUGUUCCCGAUACUUGAAGAGUGCCCUCGGCUGGACUGUGCACGCCAACUGGCCACACACACAACACAUAACACGGGAGCGAUCACUUACAGCACAGACGAUCAUCUCCCUACAGGCCCCGCAGAGCAGUCAAGUCCCAGAGCAGGAGGAAACAAGGCCAAUGUCAGUCAGGAGUUCCUCACAUGAUUUAGACUCAUGUCCAGGUGAUACAGACAAUGCCUGAUGGGAAAAAGCAGGUACAUUUCAGGAUCCUGACCGUCCCAGGAAUACAUGGAAAAAGGGGCUCAGCACAGGCCUAAAGGGAACUAAGGAAGCGUCCUAUAAAGGUUGUUUACCUCACCGGAGAAUGUGCAUCAUUUUCACACCAGCACAAGACAUCAGCACGUUGCACUUGACCUUUUGUCAGGGGAGCACACGUGCUGAUUCACAUUGGAGCUGCUCAGUGGCCAACAGCAAAAGACAGUAUGGUUUCAGAGUCAGUGGUCAGGUUGCUUACUGUGCAUUUUCCCGGCUUGUCCAGAGAUUUAAGCCUCAAGUCUUCAGGCCACAAGCUGACUUCUCUGACCCUAAGACCAUUAACAGCCCUGCACCUCCAUUUGGGAUUUAAGUGAUUGGGGUGGAGGAUAUACUUUGAACAAAUCACUGGUGAAUGGUGUUUCCUUGUGUUCUCAAUCCUGUGGAUAUUAAAAAAAUGUGAGUUUAAUGGCCACCUGAAUGUUCCCAGCACCCUUUAAAUCAAGAGGAGAGGUCACACGCAUUGCUUUCUUGCUGAGAAGAUGAGACAAGAAGAAACUGUGGACAGAUAACCAGUGUUGUUUCAAAAUGAGCGAUAGAAGUGUUGAUACAAAAAAAUGAAUCCAUCCAACGUUAUCUCAUGUUUGCGCAGUCAUCUCUAAUUCAUUUCAACACAAUAAACAUUUGUUAUUUACCA